AGUUUUCCCGGACGCAGUCAUACUACUACUAUUUAAAAUUUCAUGUCGAAGCAGUGACUUUGGAAUUUAGGAGUCGCAGUUUGUCUGCAGUUUGCAUCAGGUCCCAACCCUCCAAAGCUGGGGAGAAGAAACAAGGGGGCAUGGAGCACCUCCCGGACGACGUGCUGCUGGAGGUGAUGCAGCACCUGGGUGUGCGGCACCUCUUCGCCCUCCGCCUCGUGUGCAAGAGGUUCGAGAGCCUGGCCCUCAGCCCGCACCUGUGGCGCCACCUGUACGCCCCCGGCCACGACGACGGCGACCCUCACGGCUGUUACGGAUGCUCCUCGCUGCGGCUGGCGCCAUGCUUGCGCCACAUGUCCCUCACACUCCCGUUGCAGCGGCAUCACAAGCUCUACGCGACGACCCGGUGCGGUGUGUCGAACUUGGCCAUAAGCGUACAUGAUGCCCCUGGCGGUACUGCCGGUGCUGUCCAAGCAGACCUGGUGAUCCGCAACCAAGAGGCCCUGGGGCGGAUGAAGAUCCUGGACCUAUAUCUGCCUUCGAACAUUAAUGAGACUCCUCUAUUAAGAACGGUGGCGACCAUAUCUGGACUGGAGAGUCUGAGAAUUUCGUGUUAUUCCCGCGCUUUCCCCCGUUCCUUGACUGGUCUACGUAUGCCCAGGUCGUCGCUAAAGCAUUUCAGUUGUACACAUCGGCCGCGAUCGGAGGCCUUCUGCAACUUGAUGCUGACCACGCACGCUGCCACCCUAGAACACGUCGACCUCCUUGACGAGUACACACCGUCCUCGGCGACGGCGCCCUUGCUCGCCGCCAUACCAAACCUUCGCCAGUUGGAGUGCUGCACUCUCCCCGGGCUGGGGGCCGUGGGGGCGGCGUGCGAGUCGCUGGCGAGCUUGGAACUCAACAUCACCAGAGGCGAGCCGGGGGAGCGUUUCGAGUCCCGGAUGCGCGAGGCUGCGGAGCUCUUGCGCCACGCCAAACAGCUGCGCAGGCUCGAGCUCAAGUACAACAGUAGCGACGUGAGCAUGCCUGCAGCUGCCGAUAUGGACUUGAUCCUGGCUCUGGUGCCAGCCGGGCGGCGCUCCCGCUUGGAGUGGCUGAGGAUCUGCAACCUCGACGACGACUGGGACGGCUACUCCUACCAGUUGCAGACGCUGUGGGACCUGCUGCCCUCUCUUCCCUGCCUGCGGCACCUGGACGUCGGGCCCGUGCCGUUCGAGUUCCUUCUGCGCGUCACGCCCGAGACGACCCCGGCGCUGCGGACCCUCAUGGUGUUUACGGAGUCGGGUGAUGCGGUGUGCGCCCACGACUUUCUGCACACUGAAGUCGUCCAGACGGUCCUGUCCGUGAACCCGUCGCUGCGGCUCUACGUCUAUCUACCCAAGUACUGUGGCCAAAGCGAUCCCUGCGAGGCGUGUGCGCUGGGGUGCCACCAGGAGCUGCGGGACGACAAAAUGGACUAUUACACACUUCAGCACUUGCUUAUGAUGAAGGCCUGCGACCACGUCCUCAUUCCUCGAUGAAACUGUGUGGUUAUCUUCUCAUCUUUGCCAUCUUGAUUGUUUAGUACUUGUAUGGAGCAAAUCUUUUUUUUUUCCUCCUCCUUUCUUAUUUAAGAGGAAGAGAGGAGCUCACAUAGAAAUGAGCUAUACACUUUUAUUUUGAGGAUAAUGAAAUAAUAUUUACUACAUUAAUUCAAAUUAGGUUUAAAACCAAACCUAUCCCUAAACUAAAGCAGACUUACUGUCUACCAGGUGUAGGUAUCUAUGUGUUUAAUUUUCAUUCUUGUAUGAGGUAUAUGUGAAGCUAAAGGGAUACUAAUAAAUUUACUGGAAAACUGAUUA